AUGCAAAUGCUCUUCAGCCCACCAUUCCUUAAAGUUCCUGUUAAAGUCCGGAUGUUCCAACCACAUGUUUUCAAAGCGAAAAGGGCCCGGACCCCAAGUCACCUUAGAGGUAUCCAGUUCACUGCAAUAUGGACUAUUGGAAGCACUAGUGGGGUUGUAGGGCAAAUUUGGAGCAAGAAGGCUGUGACAAAGUCAGGUUAUUUCGAAAAGAUCACAUUUGAAAGCAAUCAGAAUGAACGUAGAAGAAUUCUACUUCCAGGUCAGAAAUAUGAGUAUACUCAAAUUGAAAAAGUAACCAAGUUGUGCCCAAUAUUGAAGACUGGCGCUAAUGCUAAUAACAAGACUAAAACAUACCCGAAUCCGUUUUCUUAUGACAUGCGAUUCGAUAUGUCAGCUAAAAAUUCUAGAGGAGUAGUUUCUUGGGGCAGUUCUGUCCCUCUCUCAGUUGGCAGCCAGUUUUACCACCAGAAUUGGUAUGCAAUGAGAAAUUCAAACUCAGUUGCAAGCACUGAAGGGUACUCUGUGGAUUCUGUGGGUGCACAUGUGAGCUAUAGCUACAACCACAGGAUCACCUACAAUAUUAGCUACAAAAUUAGCAUCAAACUGAUAUCUUAUGCAAAGUUGGGAAAUACAUCAACAGUACACGAAGUGCAGAUUUCUGCUGAAGGGAUCUAUGAUGAAACCGAAGGAAGCCUGUGCAUGGUAGGCUGUAGAAAUCUGGGCUCAAAUAAUGUACAACCAACAACUGAUUCUGUUGAUUGUGAAAUUGUUGUCAAUUUUCAGUUCCCUCCAGCAAAUUCUUCUGGUUUUAUUAAGGGAAGCAUUGAAAGCACGCGAAAAAAGUCCGACCCUCUUUAUUUUGAACAUUUGGAUCUCUCUUCAGCUGCCAGUUAUGUGGAUGAAGCAAAGCGAUCCAUUUGGUGGAUUGAUGUGGAGAUCAGCUUGGCUCUUAUAUCCACCACACUUGCAUGUAUUUUUGUUGCAUUGCAACUCUUCCAUGUGAAAAGACAUCCUGAUGUGCUUCCCUCCAUUUCCAUUUUCAUGCUACUUAUUCUAACCCUGGCCUACAUGGUUCCUCUUAUAUUAAAUGAUGAAGCCAUGCUCACAAACAACACCAACCACAGAAAAGUAUUCCUUGGACGCGGUGGAGGGCUUGAAGUUAAUGAGGUUAUUGUAAGGACAAUAACCAUGGUAGGUUUCUUGUUGAAACUGCGUCUUCUGAGCCUAACAUGGUUAGCAAAAGCCACGAACAACAGUCCCCAAAACAAGCUCUGGGUCAUGGAGAAGAAGGCUUUCAUUGUGGCUUUACCAGUAUAUGUGGCAGGAGCCUUAGCUGCUUUGCUUCCGAUGAAUUGGAGGAAGAUUGGCACUAACAGUGAUGUUCCAGUGCUUUCAGGUUAUCAAGAGCACCCCCUUUUGGGUGCCUUGAAAUCUUAUGCGGGUUUGGUCUUGGAUGGUUUUUUGUUGCCUCAAAUUCUACUCAACAUAUUCUGCAAAUCAAAGAAGAAUGCUCUGUCUGUUUCGUUCUACAUCGGAACAACUUUUGUUCAAGUUCUGCCACAUGCAUAUGAUCUUUACAGGGCUCAAAACUCUGCUCAUCACCCAUUGAAUGAAUCAUACAUUUAUGCAAGUCCUGUGGCAGAUUUUUACUCUACUGCUUGGGAUGUGAUCAUUCCUUUUGGAGGUCUAUUGUUUGCUGGGAUCAUUUACUUGCAGCAGAAGUUUGGGGGUCUUUGCAUUCUUCCUCAAAAGUUGAGAGAGUUGGGUGAAUAUGAGAAGCUCCCUACUGUUACUGAAGGGUAA